GGGCAGGAUGCAAAUUAUUAACAGAUUCGUCUGAGUUCACUCCGAAUGGGAUAAAUAAUUAUUACUACCGUUACUUUCACACCUUCAUCAUGUCACCGUAAGCAGUUUAAUUGUUUCAUCUAAGAAAAUGGACGCCAGCUAUGUUAUUCUAGGUUGCCUACUUCUCAUACAGAUGGCUGCAAUCCUCGUUUUGUUGAACCCUAUUUACGACUUAAGAAGAAGAGCCAGGCACAUGAAUAAUAUUCUGAAACGUCAUAGAAGUUAUUACUUCCUUUUAGUCGGCGUGUAUUUCAGUUUCGUUGUGUAUCUGGGGAUGUUUAUACCAUUACAGAAUAUACACAAUUUGAUCGCCAACAACUUCCUCAAUAAAUAUGAAAAAUUGGUACUUCUAAGCAGAGCCGAAAAGAAUUAUUUAAUCGCUAGUUUUUCGCUUUUCCUUUUCAUAGUACUUAAUGGUGUAAGAUCUUUGACAUCUUACGCUGCAAAUAUUUUAGAAUUAUCAAUUGCGACUAAUGCGUCACUAGGUUUAAGAAAAUCUCUUAAGCCACAAAAGAAAGAAGUACUCCCUCCGGUGCACAUACUACCAAAUUUAUUAAGAGUGAAAAGGUCAGUAUCGCACGAGACAAUUUUGUUUGCAAAAGAGCUCCGCGAGUAUCUGAAGAAUAUAUUAAAAACCGCUGAGCUGCCAUACAAUAGCUGUACUAUUUCAAAUAUCUUACAAGCCAAUGUAGACCGUACAUAAGCAAGAUGAAAAGUUCCUUCAAAUAAAGUUGUUACCAUCCUU